AUGGCUCACGACUGGCAGACGUGCCCUAACCUAUCAACGGAGGAUGCCCGACAGGAGUUCCAUGCCUUCCGGGCCAACAUCAAGUAUGCACGCGGCCAUGGGGUCUGCUGGGUCUGCCACAUUGCUCCGGCAGGCCCUAGUAUGCUUCACAACAACCCACCACUGGAGCUGCACCCGUACAGGCGUGUCGGCCUGAUGAUGGCGUGGGGUAUAUUCUCGGACCUACAGCUGAAGACAGAGGCAUAUCGUGACCUAGUCGAGUCCUCUGCCUGUCCUGCAGCGCGUAAACACAGUUGGGACACUGUGCGCGAGUUUGCGGAGUGGAUCGCGGACCAGGAUGCGACGGGGGAGCCGACAAGCGUCAUGGCAGUGAUGAGCUUUGAAGUGUGCGACCGGUGUGCGACCGGUGUGCGACCGGGCGAGGUUGGGCAGAACCCUGCCUGGUGGAAUGGAAGUGUGCGACCGGUGUGCGACCAAUGUGCGACCGUGUGCGACCGCGUGAGCCUGGGCAGUACGCUCCCCGGCCAAAUGGUGGACCAUGUCGCAACUAAAGACGAGUCCUAA